UCUCUGAUUGACAUUUCAGUUUGACGGUUUUGACAUUUUUCAUAUUUCUUUUAAUUGUCUUUCAAUUUCUUGUUUCUUCAAAAAGCGCGAGUGAAAAACGCAUUUCCACGAGACGCAGUGCUAAUUAUAUAUAUUUUUUUUAUUAUUUUAACAAAUUGCAAAUACAAUUAUAUAGAUAACUUACAUUAUUUGUGGCAUAAAAGUGCCCUUGUUGCAAAACUUCGAGUUUGGAGUGAAAAGACGGACGGCGAUAUUGGUAUGAAUAGCGCCAUCACGACCAUUAAUCUUUAUUGCCUACUUGCUUGACUUCUUCGCUACCUAGCUUCUUGUAUGCGUUCCCGUAUUCCCGUAUAUGUGUUUCGGUGCUUCGUACGUCACUUCAAAUCGCAUUAUAUUGCUUUCGGCCAUUUAUAUUGAGAGUUGACCGCUUUAUUUGCGCACAAACAAGAAAUAUAAUAAGGAAUUGUGCAUAAUUGAUGACGAGCAACUGAAAGAAGUGUGUAAACGGAGGACAUUAUUCGAUAGUUUCMUUAUAUUGCAUUUGGCAAAAACAUCAAGAAAGAAUUGUGCAUUAACAAAUUUGCAGCCACUGUGUAACAAAGUAAUUAGAAUAUAUUGCAAAUAACAAUGGCCAAUAAUAAUGCGGCGGCCCAUUACAACAGGAAUGGCGUUGCUGGCAAUAUCAAACUUGGAGGCAAAGAUAGAACUAAUUACGUYGAAAGUGGUGGUGCAGUAAGCAACCUAAACGACGUUUGUAAUUUUCUCCAACCCGGAAAUUUAAACUCAGCCUUUAACUUGCCACCAGGCUCUUGUUCUUACGAUCAUCUUGUAGAAAUGAUAAGAGGUCUCGAUCUGCAGGAUGACGGCAUUAAAAUGAAUCAUAAAAUUGGAGCUAUCCGUUCAGACUUCUGUAUGCUAGUACACGAUGAAAAUAUGUUAUGUGAAUGCAUGGAUUAUAUUAAUGACAAGGCUUUGGCGGACGGUGAGAUGGCAUUGAAAUUCGCCAUGCUCUUUUCUUCGCACAACUUUGACCAACUAGCCAUGAAAGAUGUCAAAAUACGUAGUGCCAUGCUAAAGGUGCUGGAGGCAAAUUAUUUAAAUGCCGAUACAUAUCGCAUCCACGAUAAGGAACGUCUUUACAAUUCUAUUACGCUAUUGGGUGAAUAUUAUAAUCGAGUGCGUUUAGCUGAUCAAUCGCCUAUUACGAUAUUGGGCAAGUCCUUACUUAGCUUGCUUAUACGCGAAGUUAGCGCACUGGAACCUAUUAAUGUGAAAUUAUCUAAAUUAAUACUAUCACAAAUCACACUAAAYGGUGAUAUAAUACGCGUUAAACAUAAAGACGAACUGACACAACUGCUCUACCACAUAAGACGUAAUUUGAUUGAGCAACCGGCAUUAAGUGCCACCGUAAAAGCGUUAUUGCUAAUGACACUCGAUCUGUACUAUAGUAAUUUUACAAAUUURGGUACACAACUCGAACAAAUGUACACAAAAUAUUUAGUACAAGACGUAGAAGAUGAGGGCAAUAACAACGUCAAUGUUGCUAUGCAACCACAAUCACUGCCAGUAUAUGUACCAGCGCAGCAAGUGCAAUUAGUGCAGCCGCAACCGUUAUCACCACUACCACCUCAGGUUCAGCCGCCACUUAAUACUAGUACAGAUUCACCGGUGGAGCCGCCUACAACUACAGUUAUUGAAAAUGAUGGUAGGAAAAAUGAUACAAAUGAUAUGUACGAUACACAGCUGUCAACCAAAAAGUGGAGUGAGCAAGUGUGUGAAGAUGCGUUAUAUGAAGGUGAAUUCGGCAAUGAGUUUAAUAGCUAUGAACAGGAAUACAAUGAUAAUGGUGAUGGUGCUAGGGGUGUUGAUACCAAAAAGACUGGGGGACGCUUAAGUAAUGGAAGUGACAAAUUAAAUUCAUCAGGUGGUAAUAAUAGUCGGYGUACUGAUGAUGAUAGUUCUAGCCGAAAUGCUAGGCGUUCACAAAAACCACGUAAUUCACCGCGUCCAUUGAAACAUCAGCAAAACGCUGAUAACGAAAGGGAUGGUCCACACGAUAAGCAGUCGUCAGCGUCACAACACGAUGAAGAUCAGGAUCAAACAAAACCGCUACCUCGCUGGCGUGCGCCACGUUUUAAUCGCGAAAACGAAUUUCAUAAUAACGAUGGUCCACAAAAUAAUCAACAACGCCGUUUUAGCACCAGUUUCGAUGAUGAUCAGAGUGUGCGCAGCGACGGCGGCAGCAUUCGUUUAUACAGCAUAAAUGAUCGUUUGCGACAUUCGCAGGAGAAAAUGGAACGUAGCGGCAGUAAUUUCAACUCAAUUGCCAAUUCAAAUUGGGACAGACAGUCUCAGCAUGCAGACGAUCGCAGUGAACGUUCCUACAUUAGCAACUAUGAGCGUGGCAAUAAUUACCGACGCGGCCACAAUCGUAAUUUUAAUAAUCGUCAAACAUAUGAUAAACCACCGCGCUUCCAAAAGCAACAACAUAAAGAUACUAACAUACACAGUAAUUCAUGGCGUCAAUCACGUAACAAUAUCAUGCAUAACUCAUAUCAUGAUGAAAACUCUUCAUAUCGUUCYAAUGGACCCGAAUCGAAUAGUCGCAGUUCAUCGCGCGCCCGUACCCUCCCACGUCCAGGCAAAUCUCGUCAUUUCGAGGACGGYGAUGAGUGUGCUAGCAAUGCGUCAACGUAUCGUCGUAGCCAAAGYCCUUCUACGCAUAAACAACAUCAGCAACAACAGCGCUCACGUAAUUUCAAUCCACGUUAUAGUAGCCAAAGCAGCUUGGCAAGUGAAGCGUCGAGCACAUUUGAUCGUCGUCCGCGCAAUCGUAACUUUAAUCGGCAAAACCAACAGCAACGUCAAGAACGUUGGGAGGAUACCAAUAGCGUACAUGGCCAAACCGAAGACAGUACAUGGGAUACGAAAAAUGACAACAGCGAACUGGUGCGCAAUGCACGUCAAACUGCCAAGUAUAUGAACUACUUGUCUUCCAAGAAGUGAGAUGAGGCCAAUACGUUGAAGGUGGCCGAGAAUACGCCGCGGUAGCAUUUGUUGCAUGAAAAGCAAAACAUAAAGCGACAUUAAAAUGGCGAUUACACUGCAUGUGUGGUUUACGUACUAUUUACAUAUGUUUUAUUAUUUUUUUCCUUUAUUAUUUUUAUUAUUCACGGUUUACUUAUACACACAUUUACUACCUAAGUUCAUCCAGGUACAAAUUGUACGCCUGUUUUUUUUUUAUUCAUUUAAUACUUUUUUCUUUUACUUAACAAAUAUUGUUGUAUGUUAGUAGUCAGUUGUUAUUUAAAGACUAUAACCACCAAUUAAAUGAAAAGUGUUAUACAUACGGCUUAAAUUUGAUUAGCAGUUAUUGAGCAUUUUAUGAAGGCUGUGCGAUUAAACGUUAGUUUAAUUUACUAAUGUAAUUAUAUCAAUUUAAAAAUUGUUUUUUAAAUGAUUGUGGUUUAUUUUACUGUUGAUAAAAAAUAGAAUAACAAAUCAGUUGUGAGAGCAACAAAGAAAAUUUUUUUUAAAUUGCUUCUUUGACAGUUUAACAAUGAGUUUUGACUACCACUUGGUGAGCAAUUAAAAUUGUUGUAAAAAACAGGCUUGCAUAUAGUAAUUUGGUAAAUGCAGCAGGUAUAACCAUUAUCAACGCCAUGUGACAGUAACCUUGUAUCAACUUUUAUAAGAUUGUAUAUAGCAGUAGUUUAAUCGCACGGUUUGGAGCAAAAAUUGUAAUAAGAGCAUACAAUUUAGCACAAAUUAUCUGGUUGGAAGUUAACGCUAAGCCCAUCGUUUACGUCUGUAACAUAUUUUGACAUAGACAUUGCAUUAUUUUAUUAAAAUAUAUUAAUUCAAUUAUAAAUAUACAUAACGCUAGUAUAAAAAGGGACUAUAAAAUUAUUUUAAGAAGUUGUAAUUGUAAUGAUCAGUCAUACAAUUUGUACAAAUUACUUUCAUUACAGAAAUAAUAUUACUAUGGAUUUGAGUUUAAUUUCAUACGUUUAAUCUUUGAUUUGAAUUUCCUAUCCAAACUAAA